AUGUCAUCUUCAACUGAUCUUCGCGCCUCUGAAAACCCUAGCGACUGGCGGUUCACAUGGGAAGCCCAAUCACACACCCCAACCCUCCGAUUAUUCCUAUUCGAUCUGAACACCAAACCUUCGUGCCAAUGCACCAAUCUCGAAGUCAAGUUAGUGCUCGAACAAUCUCUACUAGUAGUCAGCUUUUUCGAAGACGAGGUCGAGACUUCACUGAGAGUUCCAAUUCCUAGGGUUUUGGUCGAUGUUGAAGCUCCGGUUCAGUUCAGCGCAUUGGACGAUCACAUCGAAAUAAAACUUGUUUUACUUCUUCCAGUCGAUCACCCGAUCGGUUUAAACUUUGAGUCCGUGUUGAAUUUAUCUGAAGAUUAUGAGUCUGCUCCACGAAAUGUGGUAUCGGAUGAAUUGCGGACUCUUUCUAUGGAUUCUGGUUCAGAAGUUAAGAAUUUAUCUUCAAUGGAGGAGGUCCACUUUUACUGCAGAAAUUGCUCAAAUAAGCUGACAAGGUCCCUCAGAUUUUUCAAGGAAAUGCCAUCAGUCAACUGGCGAGAGGUAGCUGACAAUUGGUUUGGGGCUUGUUGUUGCUCAUUUGGGGGAAUAAGUGAGAAGCUGGUCACCAAGUAUGCAGAAUCCUAUGCAUGUGCAGCAGGUGUGUGCCUAUUGAGUACCACAUCUCUCACGCUUUGCAAGGAUGACCUUGUAGGCUGUAAAUUUCCUGACUUGGAUUCAAGCCAAGAUUAUGAGUCCGAACUGAAUGAUGCUGGUGGCAGUUUUUUAAUCGAAGUUACUCAAGAGAGUGGAAGUAAACAUGAAAGCAUAGUCUCCUGUGAGAAUCUAAGUCAGAGGAUGCAAGAUCUUGACGAAAAAUUUUGUAGUCUCUGUCCAAGGGAAAAUAACCCAGGCGCAAGACUGGAGCAUGAAGUUAUUGAAAAGGCAAGUAAUGGUGAUAGUUUAUCUUACGUGUGUCAUGAAUCUGAUAUCACAAGAAAUAUGGAAUUGCAUAAUGGAUGCCAUGCUGAUAUAAAAAAACAUAUUCAGAACCAUGAUACUGAAUGUUGCACUCAUGACUCAUCUGAAACUUCUCCAAAGGAGCCAAAAUGUGGAAUUGAACUACUACCAAAUCAGAAAAUUUUUCUUAAUGGCUAUCUUGGGAAUGGUUUCAUGGCUAGAUCCUCCAAUCUUUCGAAAGAUGUUUCAUGGAUUGAAUUUCCGUGCCCUCACUGUUCAUACCUUCUUGGAGCAUACCCUUGCAUAAAUGGUUGUUCACCAUUGGAUGGUGGAGUUCGAUUGUUGAAGUGUUACAUCUCAACUUGCCUGCCUGUUGGUGGAUCAAGUGAUUUGUUCAGGAAUUACACCUUGGAGAGGAUGUUCACAAAUCAGUUGCUAGAAAGUGCGGAAGAUGAAUUAUCAUUUCGAACUGUGGUUAAAGAUCUGCAUACCAAAUGUCCUGUAUUGCAACUUGUUCUCUUAAACCCACAUUCAUGGUGCUCUACUGGAUACUGUUUGAGCACUAUGGAACCAGUUGCCAAGAUGGAUAUUUACCCUACUAUCAAGGUGCUAUUUUCUGACUGCAGUAAUGGUACUGAAUUUCAAAUAAGGAAUGUAGAAGAAUGGAUAACAAAGAAUCAAGCUGAUGAAGUCUACAUGCUGGCAUCCCAAAUAAAAGAACUAAUAGAAUUCUUGGAGUCAGCAAACAAUGUGUAUCCACCAUCCCAUUCAUUCCUGCAGGGUUUGCUUUUGUCAAGCUUGAGGAGGUAAUAGUAAACUCUUGUUCUAAAGCUUAGAUCUUCCAUGGGAUCCCUGUUUGAUGAACGGGAAGGGAUCCGUAUGUGAAAUCUUGUCAAAUGGGAGGCAAGAGCAUUCUCCGAAAGAAAAAUAGUGGGAGGAAUCCGAAUUCAAAACUUGUCUCACAUAUAUUAGCCUGAUGCAUUUCGUCAAGGUUGGCAAUCGUUGGAGAGUUCAAUUUCUCUGUGAUGUGGUUUGCUUGGAAUUGGACCUUUUUUAAUUUCUAUUGCCUUAAAAGCAGUUGCAAGUUUCCCAUUAUCAUGUUCGUUGCAAGGUUGAAGCUUCUUGUGCUUUACAACAAUCAUGGUCAUUUGAACAGAUUGGGUCUUAAACUAUGGAUGCCUUCUGGUGGAAUAAACAUUGAACAUGACUGGCUUCUGAAGAUCAAGGGAUUGUUGGAUGUUUUCUUCUGAACCUGGUGUGAAACAUCAUUUCACGAUUGAACAUUUGAUUGAUUGGGUCAAAAGUGAGGGCGCAUAGAAAGCAAACUGGAUCACCGAAGCUGGCGCACAUUACUUAUAGUGCCAAUGUCACGGCAUGUCAGGUGCAGGUAUCUAAGUUAAAAUUGCUUUCUUUUUUUUCCUACUUGUUAACAGUUUUGCCUAAUCUCCCCCAACCCCCACCACCCCCAACCCAUGGUUCCCGUGAUCUCUAUCGUCUUUCAGAUCUGUAACAGUGCUUUAGCAACUGUGCCAAUAGCUGCUGU